AUGGCAUCUGGCCGCAGCCAUGUGUGUGACAGCGGCCAUGCAUGGGUCCUGGGGCCUGCUGUGUGGGUGGGUGUGCAUGUCCCCAGCCGAUACGUGCUUGUUUGUCCGUGUUGCCGGGACUUCAACCCUGUGGACCCUCAGUAUGAAUUAGGCUACCUCCGGGAACUCAGGCAGGGCGAGGUCUGUGACUCGGACACCAGGCUGGACCCCAUGGCCCUGAUGGAGCUGGUGCGCGUGCUGGACGAGGACCCCCGUGUCGGGGCCGUUGGUGGGGACGUGAGGAUCCUUAACCCCCUGGACUCCUGGCUCAGCUUCCUGAGCAGCCUGCGGUACUGGGUGGCCUUCAACGUGGAGCGGGCUUGUCAGAGCUAUUUCCACUGUGUGUCCUGCAUCAGUGGGCCCCUGGGCCUGUACAGAAACCACCUCCUGCAGCAGUUCCUGGAGGCCUGGUACAACCAGAAGUUCCUGGGGACCCACUGCACCUUUGGAGAUGACCGGCACCUCACCAACCGCAUGCUCAGCAUGGGCUACGCCACCAAGUACACGUCGCGGUCGCGCUGCUACUCGGAGACGCCCUCCUCCUUCCUGCGCUGGCUGAGCCAGCAGACGCGCUGGUCCAAGUCGUACUUCCGCGAGUGGCUGUACAACGCGCUGUGGUGGCACCGGCACCACGCGUGGAUGACCUACGAGGCCGUGGUGUCGGGCCUCUUCCCCUUCUUCGUGGCGGCCACCGUGCUGCGGCUCUUCUACGCCGGCCGCCCCUGGGCGCUGCUCUGGGUGCUGCUGUGCGUGCAGGGCGUGGCGCUCGCCAAGGCGGCCUUCGCGGCCUGGCUGCGCGGCUGCGCGCGCAUGCUGCUGCUCUCGCUGUACGCGCCGCUCUACAUGGGCGGCCUGCUGCCGGCCAAGUUCCUGGCGCUGGCCACCAUGAACCAGAGCGGCUGGGGCACGUCGGGCCGCCGCCAGCUGGCCGCCAACUACGUGCCCGUGCUGCCGCUGGCGCUCUGGGCGGCGCUGCUGCUCGGGGGCCUGGUGCGCAGCGUGGUCCAGGAAGCCACAGCCGACUGGAGCGGCCCCUCCAGGGCCGCCGAGGCCUACCACCUGGCGGCCGGGGCCGGCGCCUACGUGGGGUACUGGGUGGUCAUGUUGACGCUGUACUGGGUGGGCGUGCGGAGGCUCUGCCGGCGGCGGGCGGGCGCCUACCGCGUCCAGGUGUAA